CCUCUUCCUCUUUAUUUACAUCCUCUUAUUUACAUUAAAGAAAAAUAAUGUCGAAAUUUCAAGUAUCAAAGUGGCAAAAGUUAUAAUUGUUAUCUCGAAUAAUUUUAACUUGUAAAAUGUUAUUUCAAACGAGAUUGGUGAAUUAAGUUUUUUAACUCGCGAUAUUAUUUCGAUAUCAAAAUCGUCCAAAGAUGUACGUCUGUCCUCCAAUGCCACCCGCACCCUGCCCACCGGAUUGUCCACCCCCGAAGCCUCGAGAUGCCCCAAAGAAAUAUUUUCGAGAGAUUGGAACGGCCAUGAUCGGGAAUCAAUUGAUAAUUCGCGUGGAAAGGCAAAGGGGGAAGGCGAAGAAGUUGAAGGAUUGGGAUCCUCCGUGUGAUUGCGACGUGGAGAUAGUAAGGCCGACGAGCAAGGAGGGGCCGAAAAUAUUAAAGGGUGCCGACAAUAAUCGGAUCCUGUUUCGCGUCGAACGGUCGGACAUCUCGAAGGAAGAAAAUCAGGAUACGGCACAAACCAUUUCUUACGAAGUCGGCGAGUGCAAAGGAGGUCCGAAGACGAACGAUCAAUGCAGAACGUUCACCAUUUACCCCGUAUUUAACGGUACCGGGGUGCAACAGAUACACACGGAUCGCGUGACCGAAGGGAAUGAGAACGUGUUCAUGUUAAGAAUGAAAAAGAAUAAUAAUUCGAUCGAGCAGCCGAGGAAGAACAUAGAACUCGAGGUGAGGACACCGAAACCGCCAAUGCCUCCUCCGGAAAAACUGGAAGAACCCUUGGUCGUGGACGAAGAUUGCGUGAAACUCGUUACAAAGGAGGAAAUACCGCUGAUUGAACCGAAGCAAGAAGUAAAAAAAAAGAAAAAGAAGAAGAAGAAGAAAUGA